ACCUAAGAAAUAAGAGCAGCAGUGGUAGAAGAAUGGCCUGCUCCUGCCUUGGAGUGGUGGCACUUCCUGGAACUCUACGCUGGAAUUCCAUUUCCCAUUUGCCCAUCAGAGCUCCUCGAGUUCCUUGUGCACUAGCGUCCUCUUCCUCACUGAUCUCUGACAGGGAUGCCAAUCUCAAAAGAGGAACUGUUGGGGAAGAACGAUUUAAAGAGAGUGCUGUUCCAGGAACAUAUUAUUGGAGUGGUGCGAGCGACAAGUCGGCCGAGAAAGUGGAGGUGAGAUUCAACACUGGCAGUGGAGACAAUGUGACUGUGACUGCGAACUCUGGCGAGAACCUGCUGAAAGUGGCCGAGCGUUGUGGUGUUCUUGUUCCAAAUGAUGACUUUUGCUUCGAAGGAACUUGCUGCCACUGCGAGCUGGACGUGGUCGGAGGCGCACAAGAGGCUGGAUACCGAGCCGAGGCAAAUCGAGGAAACCUUGUAAGAAGCUGCAUUUGUCCGGUUCCAUCCGGACGAUCGACUGUAGAAGUGAACGUUAUCAGCGACGAAGAAGUCUGGGGGGAUAGUGUUGUGUAGUAGAGGAGAUUUUUCUUUUUUCCAGAAGCUUAUCUUUUGUCCGGGGAA